CCCCCCCCCGAACCGCUGUUGUCUCUCGAUUUCGCUCGCAAUCAUGGCUGCCAACGGCGAUUUCUCUGACGACGAGUCUCAGCCUGGAUCCCCCAUCAUCGAUGCGAACGGUCACGAUGACAUCGAAGAUCAAGAGCCCCUCGACCAGGAGGAGAAGUCUUUGAAGUCGGCGAUGAAGAAAUCCGCUCCUGCUCCCCCGCCCAAGCGCCCUGAGCUGCCCGAGCAGCCAAACCCGGAGACCCUUGACCUGUCGACACUGACUCCUUUGACCCCCGAAAUUAUUGCGCGCCAGGCCACGAUCAACAUUGGUACCAUCGGUCACGUCGCUCACGGAAAGUCGACUGUCGUCAAAGCUAUCUCCGAGGUCCAGACAGUCCGAUUCAAGAACGAGCUGGAGCGGAACAUCACGAUCAAGCUGGGUUAUGCUAACGCCAAGAUCUACAAGUGCGACAACACCGAGUGCCCUCGGCCGACGUGCUUCAAGAGUUUCAAGAGUGAGAAGGAGGUCGACCCGCCUUGUGAGAGAGAUGGCUGUGGUGGUCGGUACAGGCUGUUGAGACAUGUCUCUUUCGUUGACUGCCCCGGUCACGAUAUUCUCAUGAGUACCAUGUUGUCAGGUGCCGCCGUCAUGGACGCUGCCCUCCUCCUUAUUGCCGGAAACGAAACCUGCCCUCAGCCCCAGACGUCGGAGCAUUUGGCCGCCAUCGAGAUCAUGAAGCUCAGCCACAUCAUCAUCCUGCAAAAUAAGGUGGAUUUGAUGAGGGAGGAUGGAGCCCUUCAACAUUACCAGUCGAUCCUGAAGUUCAUCCGCGGUACGGUCGCCGAUGGCUCGCCCAUUAUCCCCAUCUCUGCUCAGCUGAAGUACAACAUCGAUGCUGUCAACGAAUACCUGGUUUCGCACAUCCCCGUUCCCGUCCGUGAUUUCACCGCUUCUCCCCACAUGAUUGUCAUUCGGUCCUUCGAUGUGAACAAGCCCGGUGCGGAGAUCGAGGAGCUGAAGGGUGGUGUUGCUGGUGGUUCCAUCCUGACUGGUGUGCUGAAGCUGAACGACGAAAUUGAGAUUCGCCCCGGUCUCGUCACCAAGGACGAGAACGGCAAGAUCCAGUGCCGCCCCAUCUUCUCUCGUGUCAUGUCUCUCUUCGCCGAGCACAAUGAUCUGAAGUUUGCCGUCCCUGGAGGCUUGAUCGGUGUUGGUACUCGCGUGGACCCUACUCUGUGCCGUGCUGAUCGUCUUGUUGGAUUCGUCCUUGGUCACCGUGGACGUCUUCCUGCCAUCUACACCGAACUCGAGGUCAACUACUUCUUGCUGCGCCGUCUGCUCGGUGUCAAGACCGCCGAUGGUAAGCAGGCCAAGGUUGCCAAGUUGACUAAGAACGAAGUCCUCAUGGUCAACAUUGGCUCUACGGCUACUGGUGCCAAGGUUGUGGGCGUGAAGGCCGAUGCUGCCAAGCUCAGCUUGACCAGCCCUGCCUGUACCGAGGUUGGAGAGAAGAUCGCGAUCAGUCGGAGAAUCGAGAAGCACUGGCGUUUGAUUGGUUGGGCCAACAUUGUCGCUGGUAACACUCUUGAACCUAUUCUUAACUAAACAAGCUAUUGUUUGCUUGACUGUUCCGGCUUGAUUUCACCAGGUCCUGGCUGGCACAGACGUUGAGGGGUCUCUGACACCACACCUUGGUGAGGCGAGUCGCGAAUUAAAUAGAUAGGUUUACGGUAGCGAACGGGGGGCGUCGGGUUUACUCCCUGAUUAGAGACCACAGGAAGUCUAAUCGUCGCCUAGUCCACCUACGGGGGAGAGCGAAGAGCAGGACUUGUGGAUUUCUCCACGACAGCCUGUUCGAGGUUCGCGGAAAGGAGGAGGCCAAGCAUACAGUAAGAUGGAUGGGCAAGUUGGAGAAUGGGCUGGCAUAGCUGGGGUUUGGAAGACCACUUCUUUGACGUGUGUUAUGACGCUAUUUCCGUGGAAAAAUUUCUUAUUUUCUUUUCAUUUUUAUUAUUCGGUCCGGCUUGCAUGGCUGCCCAUGUAGAUGCUGUAUAGGGGAAUGAUGAACGCAACG